GCGCACGCAUCCCUACACCGGAUGCACCGUGGGGACGGCGGGAGUGCUCCUGAAACUGGGAGAGGUUCCUCAAGAUGUCAACCUCAGUCCCACAAGGCCAUAACUGGACCCGCCCAGUGAAGAAGGAUGAUGAUGAGGAAGACCCGCUGGACCAGCUGAUCACCCGGUCUGGCUGUGCUGCCUCCCACUUUGCAGUGCAAGAGUGCAUGGCCCAGCACCAGGACUGGCGCCAGUGCCAGCCACAAGUGCAGGCCUUCAGGGAUUGUAUGAGUGCACAGCAGGCAAGACGGAGGGAGGAGCUGCAGAGGAGGAAAGAGCAAGCCAGUGCUCAACACUGAGACCUUAUACCAUCUCACACAGUGGGCCUGACGAAAUCAGCACCCAGAGAGACCUGGGAAGAAGAAACCCUAAGUAAUAGAAGUGGUAUAAAAUCUGGGGACAGUCUUCAGGACAGGAUUGACAGCCAGACACCAUGAGGUUGCACACGACGGUCACCAUGAGCUGAUCUAUGGUCAGAUUACACACAUCCUCACCUUUCUUUUUCUACCAAUAUUUGUGUCUACAACCACACUCCCUCCACCCUACCUCUCAGAGUCUGUGUGCCAAGUACUUUAUAAGUACAUACGCCACGAAAGAUAAACGGGUUGCCCAAUCGGGCCUUCAUUUUCCAAUCACAAAUUUAACCACAGGAAGUGUUUCUAAGGCAUUGCGUUGGCGAUGUGCAAUUUGAAGAGUAACGUGACCUUCCUGUGGCUGAGAGACUAGUGGGAGAGGCAACACUCAAAAGAGUGAACACUCAAAUAAAUAAAGCAACACUCAAGAGAGUGAACUCAGUUUCUGCAGUGACAUAAGCGCCUCUAUCUUUCCUCACUUCUUCAGUGUAAUGGGGUGGGGGGAGCUAGUAGGGAAACACCCUCUUUUUCUUUUUAAAGACAGAA